AUGGAUGAUGCACCAUUCUUUAGAAGUUUUGGAAUGGGUGGUAUUUUUGAAGGUGAUGUUAAGAUUGGAGAAGAGAAUGAUGAAAACGAAAAUGAAGAACCAAAUGAGCAAAAUGAAGAUGAUGAUAAUAACAACAACUCUAUUGAUCCAGAUCCAGAUCCAGAACUUCAAACAGAAAUGUUGAACACAGUUAUAAGUGAGGCAAUGGAUCCAGAGUUACAAAAAACUGAACCAGAAUUAUUAUUGUCUUCGCCAUUAAAAGCUAAUGAAGAAAACAUGUUAACCUUGGAUGAACCAUAUAGGGAACCUAAUUUGACUAAGGGCAGAAUUAGAUAUAAUGUUGCUAAACAAUUAAAACGUUUUGAUGGAUUUUCACACAUAACAUCAAAAGACAAUUCGAACAACUCCUCAAUAUUGUCAUCUCUUCCUAAUUCACUAUCAUCAAAUUCCACAGGAUCUACAUUUAAACGUUGGUCAAGAUCAGUAUCCAUUCGUCGACAGAAAUCAGGACAUGAAAUUCCAGGAACUCUUUCUAACGAUAAUCGUAAUAACAGUCAACAAAAAAAAUCAUCUGAUAUUUCCAGUUCACCACCACCUCCACAAAUACCCUUAUCACAAUUACCACCAUUGCCACCAGAUACAGAUGAUGAUAUAACAGGUCCAAGCAAAGAAAGUUCCGCAAAUUCAAUAGAGAGUAUUAUAUUAACUGACGAAUCUGUGAGCAUGUCAACAACUCCACCGCCGUCACCACCUAAAUCACCACCAAAAUCGCCCAAAUCACUUGAAGUCGACGAUUAUAGAAUAAUAAAUGAUCAAAUCGAUUUAUCUUCAGGAAUAAAUUCACCGAUAGAGGAAUUAAAUCAACUAUUUGGAUAG